AAUGGGAUUUCCAAUAUAGGGGCCGGUCCUGAUGAAGUAUGGUUCUAUUAUAGUCCCUUUUUCUUUCAUACUGGUUCCCGCCAACUCAAUGGUAAACCCCAUUACUCACUUCCCCCUAACCCAGAAAUAUCUCCAAAUUCCUACAACUUUACAACUACUCUACAAGCCUACAACAACAAAAAUUAGGGUUCCGAAGAACCAUCUAAGAUGACGGAGUUGAACUGGAAGCAUCAGACGCUGAUUCAAGCUUUGCUUUCACGUGGUCCUCUCAAGCGGGACGACUUCCAUCGUAUCUUCAAGGGCCUAACCGGCAAAACCACAGGCAGUCAUCAACAGCUAUUUGAUGAUUAUCUUUUGAAGAUAAACAAGGCACUCUCUUAUGCCCAGCUUGAGUUGCGGGCUUGCAGACAUCAAUAUGAUGGUGAAAUUUACUAUGGAGUAAUCAAUAAUGUCUCUGAUGAACAGUCCAAGUUAGGAACAAGAUAUUCACAUCCUCAGAUUGCUUUCUACAAAGCUAUUAUAGAGGCAAUUGUUCAAAAUGGUCCAGUUGACGGUAGCAUAUCCAACAUUGAAGCUCUUAAUUUGCGAUUGGAGACUCAGGCUCAAACUGGGACAGGUUCACUAUCACAAGAUGGUUAUUACCCUGCACUGAAAAAUUUCUCAUUGAGUCAAAAAGAAACUGCUCUUCAAGAACUUCUGCGUGACCAGUGGCUGUAUCGUACCCCAGAUGGUAACAUUGGACUUGGUAUCAGAUCUUUCCUUGAUCUACGAAGUUGGUUCCAUAAUAAUGAGGUUCCUUUAUGUGAAGUUUGCAAUGAAGCUGGAGUGAAGGCGGAACUCUGCCAGAAUGAAGCGUGCAGUGUUCGAAUUCAUCAGUACUGUUUGAAGAAAAUGUUUUCCAAGCACAAGGGUGCAAGAGUUUGUUCUGGUUGUGGCACACAAUGGCAGCAUAAAGGACCCAAAGCCGAAGCUGUUGAGGAAGACGAGAAGCCAACUGUAGAAUUGCAGAGUCAGAGGAGUCAGCCACCUCCUGCACCCAAAAGAAAGAGGCUACAAACUGAUGAUGCAGCUGAAUCGAGUGCCUCUCAACCUACAAUCCCAAGUUCAAACCGUAGAAGAGUUACUCGAAGUUCUUCCCACACUUGAUAAAUAUGGUUACAAAUAUUCCUAGGUGAAGAUGAGCAUGCUGUAUAUUUUAGCUCAAAUGUGCAUAUAUUACCUCUUGGUGGAGAGUUUUUUGCUACGAUUAGAGUAACAUUAGAGUUACUAACAAUACAUCUCCCUUAAUUUAACAUUAAUUAGUGAAUUUGGUUAACAAA